AUGUCGCGUCCCCUUGAAGGCAAACUCGCCAUCAUCACUGGUGGCUCCCGCGGAAUCGGCGAAGCCAUCGCCCACAACCUCGCCAGCAAAGGCUGCUCCCUCCUCCUAAACUACACCUCCCCCAGCUCCUCCACCCGCAUCACCACCCUCUGCGAAACCCUCUCCACCACGCACUCCAUAACCUGCAUCCCCAUCCAAGCCGACCUCUCCACCCCCGAACCCGCCAUCAGCACCAUCCUCGCCGCCGCAAAAACCCACUUCACCUCCCCCACCACGGGCACCCUCACCAUCGACAUCCUCAUCAACAACGCUGGCGUCAGCAAAGACCGCUUCCUCAACGACCCCUCCCCCAACAAAGGCCCCAUCGACACCCCCUACUUCACCUGGCACUACACCAUCAACGUCCUCGCCCCGCUCCUCCUCACCCAAGCAAUCGCCCCCUACCUCCCCACCUCCCCCCCGCACGCCGGCCGCAUCGUCAACAUCUCGAGCAUUUCCUCCUCGCUUGGAUUCACCGGCCAGUCCGUGUACGGGGGGACCAAGGCCGCCUUGGAAGCCAUGACGCGGACGUGGGCGCGGGAGUUGGCCGACGUGGCGACAGUCAAUGCGGUGAAUCCGGGGCCGGUGGUGGGGGAUAUGUAUUUUGCGACGGGGGAGGAGUUUUGGAAGCAGAUGCAGGGGUUUCAGGAUAAUACGCC